AUGCUCCCUCUAAUCGCUCUCGGGGCUCUCCUCGCCUCUCUACACGUUCAAGCAACCUCCUAUCCCCGAGUCGAGUCCUUCUCCGGCCAGUCUUUCUUCGACGGCUUCACAUACCCAGCAGAAACCUAUGACAACACCACAAACGGCGAUGUCUUCUGGGUCACCGCCUUCAACACCUCCCUUCUCUAUCUCAACAACGACAACCACAUCAUCCUCAAAGUCGACAACACCUCCUCAGUCCCAUACAAUUCCAAACGCUACGCACCCAAACUCUUGUCCAAGUCCGCUUAUGUCAUUGGCACGGUGUGGGUGUUGGAUGCGGUGCAUAUGCCUUAUGGGUGCGGGGUGUGGCCUGGAUUCUGGACGCAGGGUUUGGAUUGGCCGAAUAGAGGGGAGAUUGAUAUCUCUGAAGGGGUGAAUAAGCGGACGAACAAUAUGAUUGCUCUACACACUGGCAAUGGCUGCACCGUCACGGGCGGAUCUUCCAUGUCGGGCUCGGUCACCUUUGACAACUGCGACAACUCACUCAACGGUGGCUCGGGAUGCACCAUCAACGACACCGACUCCAAGUCGUACGGCGAGGGGUUCGAAGCAGCUGGUGGUGGUGUCUAUAUCGCAGAAUGGGCAAAGGACGGUAUUCGGGUGUGGUUCAAGACCAGAUCAGAUGUGCCCAGCUCGUUGACCGUCAGCGCAGAUAGUAUCGAUACCUCAUCUCUCGGCACGCCCGUGGCAGAAGUCAGCUCCGACUCUUGUGACAUUGAGACUCUCUUUAGCUCCCAAACCCUCACAAUCGACAUAACCCUCUGCGGCGACUUUGCCGGCACCCCCUCCGAACUCGCCCUCACCUGCCCAGCCCUCUCUGGCGACGCCACAUGCUACUCCAAAUACGUCAUCAACGAUCAAUCCGCAAACUUGGCUGCUGCAUACUAUGAGAUCAAUUAUAUCAAUGUCUUCUCGAGCAGUGGGUCGGCGGGGCAGAGUGGGGGAAAGGUGACGGGGACAGUCACGGCCACGGCGGGGGUUGGGACUGGCACCGGAAGCUCGGGGGAGAAUGCGAGUAGUAGAGGGGAGGGAAGGUGGGCAGCUGCUGGGGGCCUAAUCGGGCUGGUAGGGAUGUUGUUGGCGUUUGGGGCAGCAGACUUCUAG